AUGACUCGCAUCUUUCUGACUGGCGGCUCCGGCUUUAUUGGUGGACAAGUUCUCCACACCCUCCAGUCAACACACCCUGAGUAUGAAUGUUUUGCUCUAUUGCGCGACAGCGAGAAAGCUGCUACCGUCUCAAAGGCCUAUCCUCGUGUUCAUGUUGUUCUCGGUGAUCUCGACUCCACAUCGCUGAUUGAAGAGGAGGCACGUCAAGCCGAUGUGGUUAUCAAUGCCGCUACUUACAAGCACCAGCCCAGCAUUGAAGCCAUUGCUCGCGGCCUGGCCAGCCGACCCACACCUGGAUAUUGGAUCCAGAUAUCUGGUGCAAGCAUUCUCUCAAUCCCAGACAUCGUGAACAACCGCUUCGGAGAAGCUGCUGGUAAAUUUUAUGACGAUGUGAAUGAUGCUUCUGAGAUCCGCGAUAUCAUCAAACAAAACGCAGAUACCAGAGUGGCAGACAAUUACCUUGUUAAUCUCAGUGGUCCCAGAACUGCACUCAUCUUCCCUCCAAUCAUCUAUGGGAAAGGAAAUGGCCCUGUCAAUCAGCGCAGUAUUCAGAUUCCAGAGCUUUCUCGAGUUGCCAUUCAGACACGCCAGACCGUCCAAGUGGGCAAGGGAGAGAGCACCUGGAGCAACAUUCACAUCUCCGACUUGGCUAAUGUAUUUGUCGCAUUGGUUGAGAAGGCCGUUGAAGGUGCCGAAGGCGCCAUGUGGAAUCAGGAUGGUCUCUACUUUGUCGGCAACGCUGAUAUGCUGUCAUUUGGCAAGAUUUCUCAACUUGUGGCUGACGCAGCUCACGGCCUGGGUCUGACUGACUCAGCUUCCGUCAAGAGCGUUAGUGCUAGCGAGGCGGAUGAGUUGACCGGCAAGGGCAGUGUUUUCUGGGGUACCAACGCUCGGCAACACUCCCAGAGAGCAACCAAGUUCCUGGAGUGGAGUCAGAAAGCUCACUCGCUUGAGCAAGAGAUUCCGGCGACUGUGAAGGCCGAGGCGACCCGACUGGGGAAGUUGUAA